UACUUGCUUCGCUUCGUCCUCGCUGAAGCAGUUGAAACAACUGCUUUAAAUUCCCGCUCUGCUUUUAGUUUUACGGCAAUGUUGGAAAACAUCGCUGUACAAAACGCUCUCCGACGGCGAGUAGCUUUACGGUAGCAGUGAGAAGAAAGAGAAUGGGCGGGGGGCCGUGCGCAAAAUAGGAAAGCGCUGGGGACUGUACGCGCGCGAGAGCAGCAGGUUCCUGAAGCAUGCGCGCGGGGAGGACAGGAGUAAUGAGAGAGCAGUAGUAGGAGUUGGGUAGUGGCGCGCGCGCGCGCAAAAGAGCGGGAAGGGCGGGGCUGAAUGCCCGGGGGUGGGGCCAGCCUUGGUCCCCAGCCCUGCUGCGCUGCGGAUGCGGUGGGUUCGAUUCCUGGCGCCGCCGGUUGUACGAGCACCACCACCAGCAGCAGCAGUGAGGCGGUGUCGCCGCCGCCGCCGCCGGGCGAGAAGAUGAGCCUGUCCCCGAAGGAGCUGUCGAGCCUGCUGAGCAUCGUGUCUGAAGAGGCUGGAGGCAGCACCUUCGAGGGCCUCUCCAGCGCCUUCCACCAUUACUUCGGCAAGGCCGAGCACUUCCGCGUGGGCUCCGUCCUGGUGCUGCUCCUCCAGCAGCCCGACCUCUUGCCCACCCCCCCGCAGCGCCUCACCGCCCUCUACCUGCUGUGGGAGAUGUACCGCACCGAGCCCCUCGCCGCCAACCCCUUCGCCGCCAUCUUCGCCCACCUCCUCAACCCGGCGCCCCCCGAGCGUGCUGCCUCAAGCACCCCCGGCCCGGCUGGCGGCGGCGGCGGCGGGGACGACGACAGCGAGAGGCUCCCGCUCUCAGGUUUUUUGCCUCCCAUAACUCCGCCAGAGAAAUACUUUCUUUCUCAGCUAAUGUUGGCCCCACCUAGAGAGCUUUUCAAAAAGACUCCACGACAGAUUGCUUCAAUGGAUGUAGGAAAUAUGGGCCAAUCUGUGGACAUAAGUGGUCUUCAGCUUGCUUUGGCAGAACGUCAGUCUGAGCUGCCAACGCAGAGUAAGGCUAGCUUCCCCAGCAUUCUCAGUGACCCUGACCCAGAUUCUUCAAAUUCUGGUUUUGACAGCUCUGUUGCCUCCCAGAUCACCGAAGCUCUAGUGAGUGGCCCAAAGCCACCUAUUGAAAGUCAUUUUCGGCCAGAAUUUAUUCGGCCACCACCUCCACUUCAUAUUUGUGAGGAUGAGCUAGCUUGGCUAAACCCAAUAGAGCCAGAUCAUGCCAUUCAGUGGGACAAGUCGAUGUGUGUGAAAAACAGUGCUGGAGUGGAGAUCAAGCGCCUCAUGGCCAAGGCUUUCAAAAGUCCAUUAUCAUCACAACAGCAAACACAGCUCCUUGGAGAACUGGAAAAAGACCCCAAACUUGUAUAUCAUAUUGGCCUCACUCCUGCCAAAUUGCCUGACUUGGUAGAAAAUAAUCCUUUAGUUGCUAUAGAAAUGCUGCUUAAACUAAUGCAAUCAAGUCAGAUAACUGAGUAUUUUUCAGUCUUGGUCAACAUGGACAUGUCUCUACAUUCAAUGGAAGUUGUAAAUCGGCUUACUACUGCAGUUGAUCUUCCUCCAGAAUUUAUUCACCUUUAUAUUUCCAAUUGUAUUUCUACUUGUGAGCAGAUUAAGGACAAGUAUAUGCAGAACCGACUUGUACGUCUUGUUUGCGUCUUUCUACAGUCCUUGAUUCGAAACAAAAUCAUAAAUGUACAGGACUUAUUUAUAGAGGUACAGGCAUUCUGUAUUGAAUUCAGUCGAAUAAGAGAAGCAGCUGGCCUUUUUCGAUUGCUCAAGACACUUGACACUGGUGAAAAUCCUACAGAGACAAAGACCUCAAAAUAAGACUUAAUGGUGGGGGGGCGGGGGGCUUUUUAUUGGAUUAGGAUUCUGUAUGUUUUUUGUAUAGUUGACUUCAUGGCUUGCUAUUUACCCUGUAUUAAAUAUUGCUUUUUCUUGUGGAAAAGUUAAUCCUGCAACACACACAAGUUGUUUAACUGAGCACACUGAAGAACUAGCCUAACCUUCAAUUAGGAUCAAUGUGAACAGAACUAUUUUCAAAAGAUACUACCAAAUGAAUACUCUUGAAUCCAAGAACUUAAAAGGAGUUUAAAGAUGAUAGAGCUAAUUUUCCAUAUAUCCCUUCCCCUAUUAGAAUUUAAGUUAAGAGUUGCAUUUUACUAUGUUUUUCUCCUAGAAAUCCAAAUAAAACACUGAUGUUAGCUGUG